AUGAAGCAGCGCUUCUCUUCCCUGGACGUCAAGGUCAUCGCGCACGAGCUCAACCAGAGCUUGGUGUCGCUGCGGCUGGCCAACAUCUACGAUCUCUCGUCCAAGAUCUUGCUCCUCAAGUUCGCCAAGCCCGAUAACAAGAAGCAGCUCGUCAUCGACACCGGCUUCCGAUGCCACCUCACCGAGUUCGCACGAACCACGGCCGCCGCGCCAUCCGCCUUUGUUGCCCGGCUCAGAAAAGUCCUCAAGACGCGGAGGUUAACGUCUGUAGCGCAAGUCGGCACAGACAGAAUCCUCGAGUUCCAGUUCAGCGAUGGCCAAUACCGUCUGUUCCUGGAGUUCUUUGCCAGCGGCAACAUUAUCCUUACCGAUGCCGACCGUAACAUUCUUACGAUUGCACGAAACGUAUCAGAGAGCGAUGGCCAGGAACCUCAACGAGUUGGACUACAAUACAACUUGGACAACAGACAAAACUACCAUGGCAUUCCGCCGAUGACCAAGGGCAGGGUUCAAGAAGCGUUGGAGUCGGCAGUUCAGAAAGCUAGCGCGGACGCAUCGUCUAGCAAGAAGCUCAAGGGCAAGCCUGGUGGUGACCUGAGAAAGAGUCUCGCGGUCUCAAUCACCGAACUUCCUCCUGUUCUCGUCGAUCACACGCUUCAGUCAAACAACUUUGAUACUGCGGUCAAGCCCGCAGAGGUUCUCGCGAAUGAGACUCUCCUGGACGAACUUGUUCGCCUUUUGAGCGAGGCUCGCAAGACGGUCGAAGAUAUUACCUCGGCCCCCGUAUGCACUGGCUAUAUAUUUGCCAAACGGAGAGAGGACGCGUCCGGCGGCACCACCGCCAGCACCAACAACGAUGAGCCCAACAGGGAGGGUCUUCUCUACGAGGACUUUCACCCCUUCGUGCCACAGAAGCUUCGAAAUGACCCUUCCAUCAAGGUCCUGGAAUUUACCGGCUACAACCAGACGGUUGACGAGUUCUUCUCGUCGCUCGAAGGCCAGAAAUUGGAAAGCCGCCUGACGGAGAGAGAGGCGACGGCAAAGAGAAAGCUAGAAGCCGCCAAACGCGACCAGGAAAAGCGACUUGAAGGCCUACAAGAGGUGCAGACUAUGAACUUUCGCAAAGCCGCCGCCAUUGAAGCGAAUGUGGAGCGCGUGCAGGAGGCCAUGGAUGCCGUGAACGGUCUCCUCGCGCAGGGCAUGGAUUGGGUCGACAUCGGCAAGCUGGUGGAGCGGGAGAAGAAGAAGCAUAAUCCCGUCGCCGAAAUCAUCAUGCUACCCUUGAAGCUCGCGGAGAACACCGUUACGCUUAAGAUAUCCGAGGAGGAAUUCGAAGAGGAGGAAGAAGAAGACCCUUUCGAGACGGAUGACAGCGAAUCAGAGGAUGGCGAUGAGGAGCAAGCUUCAAGCAAACCCAAAGCCAGCGACAAAAGCCUUUCCGUCGACAUUAACCUCACCAUAAGUCCAUGGAGUAACGCACGAGAGUACCACGACCAGCGGCGGUCUGCGGCCUCCAAGGAGGAAAAGACGCAACUGCAGGCGGCUCGGGCAUUGAAGAACACCGAGCAGAAGAUCAACGAAGACUUGAAGAAGGGCCUCAAGCAAGAAAAGGCACUCCUGCAACCCAUUCGAAAACAGAUGUGGUUCGAAAAGUUCAUCUGGUUCAUCUCGUCUGACGGCUACUUGGUUAUCGGGGGCAAGGACGCAUCGCAGAAUGAGAUGCUCUACAGGCGAUAUCUGCGUAAGGGCGAUGUAUACUGCCACGCAGAUUUGAAGGGCGCGCCGAGCGUCAUCAUCAAGAACAACGCGAGCACUCCAGACGCCCCGAUCCCCCCUGCCACCUUGUCGCAAGCGGGGUCAUUAUCGGUUUGUGGCUCUGACGCUUGGGACUCGAAGGCGGGAAUGGGAGCAUGGUGGGUUAACGCAGACCAAGUCUCCAAGUCUGCACCAACCGGAGAGUUUCUUCCAUCAGGCAGCUUCAUGGUCAAAGGCAAGAAGAACUUUUUGCCACCGACUCAGCUUCUGCUCGGUCUGGGCAUUAUGUUCAAGAUCAGCGAGGAGAGCAAGGCGAGGCACGUUAAGCAUCGGCUGUACGACGGCGACUCCGCCAUUGGAAGCAAUACCGGUGACUCUCAAUCCCGUGCGGACACACAAGAGUCGGUCGCUGGAGAUGAAGAAUCUGAAGGCAACGAGGAUGAGGACAUCGAUGCCCCAGCUGACGAUGGAAAUGCGUCUGACAACGAGUCCGCGAACGGCGAUGCCGCCGCAGCUGGCCGAGACAACCCUCUCCAGACCUUUGACAGCCGACGGCGGGACGAAGUAGAUGAGGUGGAAGACCAGGUCGCAGAGCUCAAAGUGGCCGACCAGGUUGGGAAGCAUAAUGAUGGCGCAGAAGACGAGGAGGAAGAAACCAGUGAAGGGGAUAGGGACGUCCAGGACCGCUCGGAGCUGGCCACUGAGGUCUCUGAGGCCCCGACGAUAACAUCUGCUGCCCGAUCAUCGCAAGCGGCCAGCUCGGCCACCAGCAAGCAAGCCCCCAAGAAGCGUGGCCAGAAAGGCAAGGCCAAGAAGAUCGCCAGCAAGUACAAAGAUCAAGACGAGGAGGACCGACUAGUCGCCGAGGCGCUCAUUGGCGCAACUACUGGACAGAAGCGCGCCGAGGAAGAAGCCAAGGCCAAGGCAGAGCGCGCGGCCGAACUCGAGGCCGCCAAAGAGCGUCGACGGGCACAACAUCAGCGCAAGCAGAAGGAAACGGCCGAGCACGAGGAGAUUCGCCGAGUCAUGAUGGACGAAGGCGUUGACGUCCUGGAGCCAGAGGAGGCCGAGAAGGCAACUUCACUCGACGACCUCGUCGGAACGCCUCUCGCGGGCGACGAAAUCCUCGAAGCGAUCCCCGUCUGUGCCCCUUGGCCCGCUCUCGGCAAGUUCAAGUACAAGGUCAAGAUGCAGCCGGGCGCAACCAAGAAGGGCAAGGCAGUCAAGGAGGUGCUUGAGAGAUGGAAGGUGGCUUCAGGCAAGAAGGGUGUCGUUGACGAAUCAUCAAGGGACUCGGAGAGGAUGUGGCCACGCGAAGUAGAGCUCCUCAAGGCUCUGAAGCCAGAGGAGGUGAUUAACUCCGUGCCCGUGGGCAAGGUGAGGGUCAUGGUGGCUGGUGGAGGCAGUGGAGGCGGAGGCGGCGGUGCCAAGGGGAAGGGCGGAGGUGGAAAGGGCCAGGGCAAAGGCGGCCGGGGCGGAAAGGGCUCAAAGAAGUGA